UAUAACAUGGUCCUUUAUUAAUCAAGAUCUACACAACACCAGUAAACACAUUAGAUCAUCAUCAUCCAUGGCAGAUGAUCAACACAGUUUAGAAUCUGUUGUUGUAUUUGUAGUGCCAUUUCCAGCACAAGGCCAUCUCAACCAGCUACUACAAUUUUCAUGUCUGAUCUCUUCAUAUGGAAUUCCAGUUCAUUUUGUUGGCUUCAAAACUCACAUUCAUCAGGCUAAAUCAAGAAACCUUCAAGAUUUGCAGAAAAUCCAUUUCCAUGAAUUUCCAACUCCACAUGUUGAUUCACCUCCUCCUAUAAUUCCAAAUUCCACCUUGAAAUUCCCAACACAUCUCCAACCAUCUUUUGAAGCCUCCAAACAGCUAAACGAACCAUUUUCGAACCUCCUCAAUGAAUUCUCCAACAAAGUAAAAAGAAUAGUUGUAAUACAUGAUCCUCUUAUGUCUUCUGUGGUGCGAGAUUUUUCUACCAUUCCAAAUGCUGAGUCCUAUGCCUUCAACUGUAGUUCAGUUUUCACUCAAUUCUUUAGCUUUUGGGAUGCUAUUGGAAGACCAUUUACAGUAGAGUCUAUGCCAAAAUAUAUACCAUCUUUGGAUGGGUGCUUUUCUUUUGACAUCAUGAACUUCAUGGCCUAUCAGCAUGAGUUUAUGCACUACAGAACAGGUGAUCUAUUCAACUCAUGCAGAUUGAUUGAAGGGACUUAUGUUGAUCUGCUAAACAAGUUGGAGAUGAAUGCAAACAAGAAUCAAUGGUCCAUUGGACCUAUACUACCAGAUUUAACAAUAUGCAAAAAACAUUCAAUAAGCAGGCACAAAAGCUUGGAGUGGCUAGAUAAACAAGCUCCAAAAUCUGUUCUUUAUGUCUCUUUUGGAUCGACAACUACGAUGACUGAUACACAAAUUCAAGAAUUGGCUAUGGGGAUAGAAAAUAGCAAGCAAAAGUUUUUGUGGGUACUGAGAGAUGCAGAUAAAGGUAAUGUUUUUGAUGGAGAAACAAGAAAAGCUAGAUUACCAGAAGGGUAUCAAGAAAGAACUGAAGGAAUAGGUAUAGUGGUAACAGAUUGGGCACCACAGUUAGAAAUUCUGGGACACACUUCAAUUGGUGGAUUUAUGAGUCAUUGUGGAUGGAAUUCAUGCAUGGAAAGUAUUACAAUGGGAGUCCCUAUAUUAGCUUGGCCAAUGCACUCUGAUCAACCAUGGAAUGCUACACUAAUAUCUGAUAUUUUAGAAGUUGGCAUUCAAGUGACAGAACAAGCACACCAAAUUGAACUUCUUAGCUCAUCAACAAUUGAGAAAGCUGUAAACAUAUUGAUGGUGUCUAAAGAAGGGGAAGAACUAAGAAGCAGGGCUGAAAAGUUGGGUAGAGAAGUUUGGAAAUCAAGAGAUGAAGGAGGCGUUUCUCAACUAGAGCUCAAUUCCUUCAUUGCUCACAUUAGCAGAUAGAUGGUUUUGAUCUAUGUUCUUCGGAAAUGCCGACGGGUAUCUUGUCGGAUCCUCCAAAAAUAGUGCAUUUUUAGAGGAUCCUACACGGGUGCAACAACUGAUUUUGGAGAGUUCGAGCACAAGUUCUGAAUUUCGAUUACGCUAAGUUUGCUUAUUGUUGUAUGUCUUUCAUUAGUGUGGCAAAGAUUGAGGGCGACUAAAAUAAGCUUAAGACACAGAGUUUGUUGUGUGCGUUAAGAUCAAGCGCUUAUCAUCAUACCAAAAGAUAUAAUUCAUA